AUGUCCAGCCAGGAUAACUCACCAUGUCGGAUUCUUGUCAUGGCCUCAGGCUUUGGCUCUAAUUUUCAAGCCAUCAUAGAUGCGAUUUCUUCAGGUUCUCUCCCAAACAGUCGUAUCAUUUCUCUCAUCGUGAACCGCAAGAAUGCGCAUGCGACUGUUCGGGCAGACAAAGCAGGCAUUCCAUGGGAAUACUUCAACCUGAUCAGCGGCGGGUUCCUGAAGAAGGGAGAGACAGAUGAGCAAAAGGUUGUUGAGGGCCGUCAAAAGUACGACGCUGCACUGGCAGAGAAAAUCCUAGCAGCAGAGGUGAAGCCUGAACUGAUUGUUCUUGCUGGCUGGAUGCACGUUUUCUCGACUGCUUUCCUUGAUCCCAUAAAGAAGGCAGGCAUCAACAUUAUUAACCUCCACCCUGCGCUUCCUGGAGAAUUUGACGGAGCCAGUGCCAUUGAGCGAGCCUACGAUGAAUUCAAGGCCGGACGACUAACACGCUCGGGUAUCAUGGCCCACUACGUAAUUGCUGAGGUAGACAGGGGUACUCCUAUCCUAGUCAAGGAGAUCGAGUGGAAGGGUGAGAGUCUUGAAGAGUAUAAGGACAAGGUGCACUCGCAUGAGCACGAGCUGAUUGUGAACGCAACAACCAAGGUUGCGCAGGAGACAGUUCAAAAGAGGGCAUCAUAG